AUGCCAAAGGGUUUCCUCGUAAAACGCUCGAAAAGGACCGGGCCGGCUUCGUACCGGGUGCGGGAAGAGGAGAGCACAACGCAGGACCCUCAGCUCAGAGCUCCGGCUCUUCCCUCAGAGCCCCGCAGCUUUGUUCAGAGGACGCCGGCUAGGUGCUGUUUCGGCGGCCUCCCUGAGCUCUCCUUCCUCGCUCCCUCUCUGAGCCCCACGCGUCCAGACAGCGAGGGUUACAGCAGCCAGCACCCGGCGCAUCAGCACCCCGAGCUCUUCCCAGAACCUCUUCUCGGCGGCUUCGCUAUCAACGGCUCUCCAGUGUCGCCUUCGCUGCCGGAAACGACCGCGGAACCGGCUUCCUUCGGCGAACCAGCGAAAAAACGAGCCGCCCCAAACAAUGAGCAGCAGUCCGGCUCGAAGAAGCAGCGCUCCUCCUCCAAUCAGGAGAGGAGAGCGAACGUGCGGGACGCCGUCACCACAUCGCCCGUGCUGGGGCUUCGCAUCAAGGAGGAGGAGCCCGAGGAGGAACCAAAGCGGCUCUCCAGCUCCAGCAGCUCCACCAACUCCAUCCCCCUGGGCGAGUUCGUCUGCCAGCUGUGCAAGGAGAGAUACCCGGACCCCCUCAGCCUAGCCCACCACAAGUGUUCCCGCAUCGUCCGCGUCGAGUACCGCUGCGACGAGUGCGACAAGGCGUUCAGCUGCCCGGCCAACCUCGCCUCGCACCGCCGCUGGCACAAGCCCAAGGGCGCCGGCCUGAGCGAGGCUGAGAGCCGGCUGAGCCCGCGGCCGCAGCCUAGCCCCCCUUCCUCCGAGGACGACACUCCUUUCGGCUGCCCGCGGUGCUCCAAGAGGUUCCGCCGUCAAGCCUACCUGAGGAAACACCUCGCCCUCCACGACCGCAAGGAGGCGCGCGCGCACCAGGCCACGCCCCCCGCCUUCAGCGCCGCGGAGCCACGCCCAACAGCCACGGAACUUUCUCCGGAGCUUUCUCUCAGCUUUCCUUUCGCGGAGGCGGCGAAGGUUCCGGCCGCUGCCGUGUUUCCGUGCCGCUUCUGCGGGGAAAACUUCUUCUCCUCGCCGGGGCUGACCAGACACAUCAACCAGCACCACCCCACAGAGAGCAGGCAGAUCAUUCUGCUCUCUAACGCGGUCUGA